AAGGUUCUACCAAUCGCAAAUGUCCUUAUACGGAAUUAAAAUCUGAUUCACAAAAGAACAAACGAAUUGCAUUAGCAGCAAAAGAUUUAAACAUUCAAACAGCAGAACUUUUUUAUAAUCAUCAAUUUGUUAAUUCAUUAGAUACUAAUAUAGUAAAACUUGAAUUAGCAAAGCUUAAAAUUGCGGAUAAAGAUAUAAUUCUUGAUUAUGAGCUUAAAAAUAAAAACAAGAAACAAUAUUAUAACUCUCUUAUUCAAAUAUGUGACAAAGCAUUAAUUUUUUGUAAUAGAUAUCAAAAACUAGCAGCUAUAGAUUCAAAUAUAGUUUGGGAAUAUUUACUUGAACAACAACGUAAUAAUAUUAAUGAUCAAAUGAAACAACAUUUACCAAUAGUUUUAUUUAACAUUAACU